UGAUGCAUCUCAGUAAUGUUUGCCUUUUUCACCUCAGCCAAACAAUGGACUGCAAAAUGGAAGAGAAGAAUUGCAUUGCAUUACAUGUGGAUUCGUUGGGCCCUCAGAAAGGAACAGGUGGCUCUAACCAAGAGAGCUGAUCCAGCUGAGUUGAAAACAAUAUUUUUGAAGUAUGCAAGUGUGGAGAAGAAUGGUGAAUUCUUCAUGUCUCCUAAUGACUUUGUCACACGGUACCUGAAGAUAAUUGGAGAUGGUUUGCCUAAUGCAAGCACUGUACAGCUCCUUGCAGGUGUGGUGGAUCAGACAAAAGAUGGGUUGAUAUCCUUUCAAGAGUUUGUGGCAUUUGAAUCAGUCCUGUGUGCUCCAGAUGCAUUGUUCAUAGUAGCCUUUCAGCUGUUUGACAAGACUGGCAAAGGAGAAGUUACUUUUGAGGAUGCUAAGCAAGUUUUUGGCCAGACCACAAUUCAUCAGCACAUUCCUUUUAACUGGAAUUCAGAGUUUGUACAGCUGCAUUUUGGAAAGGAUAGAAAAAGACACCUAACAUACGCGGAGUUCACCCAGUUUUUACUGGAGAUACAGUUAGAACAUGCAAAACAAGCUUUUGUGCAGAGAGACAAUGCUCAGGCCGGAAGAGUCACAGCUAUGGACUUCAGGGACAUUAUGGUCACUAUCCGGCCACACAUGCUGACACCAUUUGUAGAAGAAUGUCUAGUAGCUGCUGCUGGAGGUACCACUUCCCAUCAGGUCAGCUUUUCCUAUUUUAAUGGAUUUAAUUCUCUCCUUAACAACAUGGAGCUCAUUAGAAAGAUCUACAGUACUCUGGCUGGAAAUAGAAAAGAUGUGGAAGUCACUAAGGAGGAGUUUGUUCUGGCAGCUCAGAAAUUUGGUCAGGUUACACCCAUGGAAGUUGACAUCUUGUUUCAGUUAGCAGAUCUAUAUGAGCCACGGGGGCGCAUGACGUUAGCUGAUAUUGAAAGAAUUGCUCCUCUGGAGGAAGGGACGUUGCCUUACAACCUGGCUGAGGCUCAGAGGCAGAAAGCUUCAGGUGAUGUGUCUCGACCUAUUCUCAUCCAGAUUGCAGAAUCGGCAUACAGAUUUGCCCUUGGUUCGGUUGCUGGAGCUGUUGGAGCCACUGCAGUCUACCCAAUUGAUUUGGUAAAAACUCGAAUGCAAAACCAGCGCUCUACAGGCUCUUUUGUGGGAGAACUUAUGUAUAAAAACAGCUUUGAUUGCUUCAAGAAAGUGCUACGUUAUGAAGGUUUCUUUGGGCUUUAUAGAGGUCUGUUACCACAGCUAUUAGGAGUAGCACCAGAGAAGGCCAUAAAACUUACUGUUAAUGAUUUUGUGAGAGAUAAGUUUAUGACUAAAGAUGGCUCUGUCCCACUGGCUGCAGAAAUUCUUGCUGGUGGCUGUGCUGGAGGUUCUCAAGUGAUCUUUACCAAUCCACUGGAAAUUGUUAAGAUUCGAUUACAGGUGGCUGGAGAAAUUACUACUGGUCCACGAGUUAGUGCCCUCACUGUAUUACGGGACUUAGGCUUCUUUGGUCUCUACAAGGGUGCUAAGGCAUGUUUUUUGCGUGACAUCCCCUUCUCUGCCAUUUACUUCCCCUGUUAUGCUCACUUGAAAGCUUCACUUGCAAAUGAAGAUGGGAGGGUCAGCCCUGGAAAUCUGCUCUUGGCUGGAUCAAUAGCUGGUAUGCCUGCAGCCUCUCUGGUGACCCCUGCGGAUGUCAUCAAAACAAGGCUACAGGUGGCAGCCCGGGCAGGACAGACCACCUACAGCGGCGUUGUAGACUGUUUUGCAAAGAUCCUUCGAGAGGAAGGUCCGAAGGCUCUGUGGAAAGGAGCAGGAGCUCGUGUAUUUCGAUCUUCUCCUCAGUUUGGUGUAACUCUCGUAACUUACGAGCUACUGCAGAGAUGGUUUUACGUGGACUUCGGGGGAGUAAAACCAGCUGGAUCAGAGCCAGUUCCUAAAUCUAGGAUCACACUCCCUGCUCCUAACCCUGACCAUGUAGGUGGUUAUAAAUUGGCAGUUGCCACUUUUGCAGGGAUUGAAAACAAGUUUGGACUUUACCUACCUCGGUUUAAGCCAUCGCCACCUACCUCAAAGGCUGCUGCAGCAGUAGGACCCUAAGUUUAUUGCUGUAGGUUUUUUGUUAUUAGUUGGGAAAGAGCCACUUUUCUAAUUGGUUAUUACUUUGUUCCUUUAGCUUCUCAUCAUAUAACAGUUUAGCUUCGUUUGAGUUUUAAGGCAAUUUUCAUCCUAAAUGUAAUGAUUUGUCUUUGUGCUUCCUUAACCAGAUCACUGUGAAAUUCUUACCAGUUGUUUUAAGUUUGGGACCAUGAAUGUAUUUGUCCACAUCUGACAUGCGCUUGUGUUGGGAAGACACUAAUUUUAGGUUCUGUUUAUUGGGGAGGGCUGGGUGAGAGCUGUGAACCAGAUCAUCUUACAGGCAAUGCUCAGUUGCAGAUCACCAGGGCGGAUGUUGCACAUCGUCACUCAAAUGGAAAAACUCAGUAGAUAUCACGGUGCUCAAAGCGGAAUGAUUUUGACUGUACAUGUAAAUUGGUUAUAAACUUAAUGCGUGUCUGUAGAGGUCAGCAAAUAUAUACCCGGUACCUAAGUAUGCCAGUACAGCUUCAACUUUUUAAAUAUGUACACGCACAAGUUCUGUUUCUGGAUUGUAUUAUGAAGCUUUUAUGUGGAACAUGUUUUUGUAAUGGAAACCACAUUUAUAAAUGUUUAGCCGUUGUAUUAUGUUACUGGUAUCAAAAUGCUCAAAAGAAAGUGUUAUUGUCCAUAGUCUUUGCACUUUAUGGAAGAACUUUUGGCAUUCUACUACACAUACAAGGAAAUUUCAUAACUAGGUGCCUAUCUUGGGUUGCUGGUGUUUGAAAUUCAGUUUGUAUAUGCACUUCUAUAGUAAAACGCUGCUUGUUUAAAUAACUGCAAUAGAAAAUUCAUGCACUGUAUCAAUGGUACCUGCCUUAACUGCUGGCUUGUAAUUGGCAAAUAGGUGGUUUCAGAUUCUUAUUUACUUCAUUGAGUCAAAAGAGAUUAAAAUACUCUAAAAGAAAAGAUUUUACUUAAUUUUUUGGUGCCUUGCACAGUGUUUAGAAAAUUAUGUAUUUAUGAAGAUAGAAAUAAACCUUUCAAACAGAUGCACACAUGGUAUUCUGUUACGGAAAUAGUGUAGUACGUCAGACGUCUUGUUCAACUUCAGUUAUAAAGUUAGGUUAAGAUAAAGUUAAUAUUUGGACAUGUAAGCUAUAAAAACACCUGCAGCUUGAGAAUAAAUUAUAUGAAUUGCCCUGUGUAGAAAAGACAUCUGUUGGUGUAGAUGUCACUGAAAAAAAGAAAUUUUUCCUCAGUCAAAAACCAGGAUUGGAGUAAGCUUUGAUAUUUUGACCUUUACUUUUACGGGGAGGUUAAUGUGUUAUGAACAGUCUGACUACCUAGUCAGUUGAAGGUACUGUUGGGUGUCUUCUGUGAUGCCUCUUAAGACCAGGAAGAAUUUGGUCUUGCUUGUCUUCUAGAGGUGGGUACCUUCAAUGUUGACUGUAAACUGAGGGAAUGCAUAGAUGCAGUAUCAUUGCAGACAAAUGGGUUAGGCAUGCAGUAUCACAUUGUUGUACUAUAACUUAUGGAAAUACUGAAAUGGAAAUCACUCUAUUGUUGUAUUUGUGUUUGGGUCAUUGUGAAAAUUAUUCUCUUGGACUAAUUUGCAUUUUGAAGUUACUGGUGAAAUGGAGUCAUGGCAGGAGUAGCAUCUGCAGUACUCAAGCACGUGAAAGCGAGGGGAGAAGAUGACAUCUACCUGCAGCUGCAUCUUGGAGUCUGGCUAAACCAGUGUGCAGAGACUCUGCGCUGGGCUCUGACAGCCGCCGGCUGCUCCCUCUCAACCCUGUAUAUCCAAGUCUCUCCAAAUGACAGGUCCUUUGUUUCAGCAAUGGGGAAAAAAACCCUGCCCCUUGUAUUACUGCAAAAUUAACUGUCAGGAUUUUUGGUUAAGGCUUGUCAUAAAAGUUAAACUUUCUCACCGGGA